AUGAUUCAGGACAUAGCUGGAGGAGGAACUUUUGCCGUUAUUCCUUUCACCAGAGUUGGAAAACGUUAUGACGUUUGUCUUGUUAGUGAACAUAAAGGAACAGUUCUUAGUCUUGAUUAUAGCCCUUUUAAUAAUGACUUAAUAGCUUCACUAUCUAAAGAUAGUACCAUAUGGCAUAAGCGAAAAGUAAGAACCUGUAGUUUUAAUCCAUAUGCUUCUAAUGUUUUAACAACUUCAUCUGCUGGUGCUAGUAUUAAAGUUUGA